GAAAAGUAUUGGGUUCAUCUUUCUAAGGUAUACAUUUUAAAUAGGUAGAUUCAUUUUAGCAUAUAUAAUAAGGUACUGUAACAUUUUUUUCUUCUUAUUGCCUCAACUCUUGCUUGUUUGCGUUUUUCCUUCAUUCUUUUGAAUUUUCGCGGUCUAUGAUCAUGGCGGUUGAUGAGCUACAAACAAAAUUAUACCGCGCCCUCUGCAACAAUCACAACAAAGAUGAGGUCAUUGAGCUUUGCAAGAAGACACCUGAUCAUUCGUUACAUUAUUGCACCAUAAACAAUUCCACGGUGCUACAUUUAGCAUGUUACUCCAAAAAGUUUGAGUUAGCUAAUGAGCUUUUUGAUGGUUUGCCUAAGAAUUCUCUCAACGUACUUGUUGAACGAACGAAUGCUUGGGGAGACACCAUACUCCAUGACGCGUCCACAUCUAACCAAGGACUUGAAUUGGUAAGGAAGAUGUUGCACAAAGUUCCUGAGUUGAUACAAGCGCGUAACAAAUGGGGUGAGUCUUGUAUCUUCCGAGCUACUCGCUAUGGAAGGAGGAAAAUCUUUGAGUACCUUGCUGAGGAGGUAGAUAAGUUCUGUGAAUUGAACAAAGAAUUUACACAUCUAUACUUCUUCCAGAGAGACGACGGCACUACCAUUCUUCACAUGGCUAUCCUCACAAGAAACUUUGAUAUGGCGCUUAUGAUAGCAAGAAAAUAUCCCUAUCUUUGUGGUAUACGAGCUCAAAAUAUGACUGCUCUUCAAAUUCUUGCUUGUACUCCAGCAGCAUUCAAAAGUGGAACAGAAUUUGGGCUCAUAAAGGAACUUCUUUACUCUAGUGUCUCAAUUGAUGAACAAAGCACAAUUGAAGAAGCGAACAUAAUUCUAAAAGCCUUUGGAUACACAUUAAGCAUCGGUAAAUCAUGCUGGAUAUUACCUAUGAUAGAAGAAAUCAAAGAGGUGAAAAGAGGGCACAAGGAUGCGCUAGAUCUUGCCAAGAUUUUAAUUCAACACGACACAUCUUGGAAGGACACGCACGAGCCACGAGCUGAGGUUACUCCCGUUAUCAUGGGUGUUAUUCCUAUCAUUGAUGAUGAGUCUAGAGAAGACGACCAACAACAUGACCAGUACUUUGACAUAGAGAGAGGGGAAACAAUUUAUAGAGGCGGUGUUUCGGACAGUGAUGAAGCUCCAUUGCUUUUGGCAGCUAGGAAAGGCUGUAUUGAGAUCGUCGAAGAGAUACUAGACAUGUAUCCACAGGCAGUGAACUAUAUAAAUCAUAAUCAAGAAAAUGUGUUACAUGUAGCUGUUAAAAGUCGAAACAUGUCAAUUUUUAAGCUAGUUGAACAACAAGUUUCACCUCAUAGAGGCUUACUAGGAGCUGUUGAUAACAAAAACAACUCCAUCUUACAUAUGGUUGGAUGUCCCCGCGAUGUUCUUCCGGGUACGAAGAUGAAAAGUCCAGUGCUACAAUUGUCCGAUGACUUGCUCUUGCUAGAGUACUUAGAAAAUACUUGUCCAAGCUACCUAGUGAAUCACCGCAACGAUCAAAUGAUGACCGCAGAUGAAUUAUUCGCAUUAAACAAUGAAAAACUUCGUAUCGAGGCCAAGGACUGGCUAAAGCGUACAGCAGAACACAACACCGUGGUUAUCAUUCUAAUCGCGACAGUUGCCUUUGCUGCUGCUUACGCAAUACCCGGCGGUCCAAAUCAAACUACAGGCUACCCUCUACUCAUUGGACUGCCAUUCUUCUUAGUCUUCACCGUAACUGAUGUACUCUCCCUUGGUUUCGCCUUGACAGCAGUCAUCGUAUUUCUGGCUAUACUGACGUCGUCUUAUCAGUUAAAAGACUUUCGACGAUCACUCCCGCAGAAAUUGCUGCUGGGUUUUACUCUACUGUUUCUAUCUGUGACAAUGAUGAUGGUAGCAUUCGCAGCAACAAUUCUUCUGAUGGUAAAUACAAAAGAACGAUGGACUAAAACUGCACUUUAUAUUGUUGCCUUUUUUCCUAUAUGUAUCUUUAUGUUAUCUUAUAUUCCUCUUUACAUAAAACUUGUUAAAACUCUGAAUUACUGGGUUAAGAAGAUUGGUAAGUCUCUUCCUAGGUUCGCCUGCGUUUCGAGGCCUGCUCGGCGUACUUCUUUCAGGAGGGCGUGAUUUUCAUCAUCGAUCUGUAAGCAAUCUAUAGAGAGUUAUUGUAUGUAAGGCUCUUGGGUUCUUACUAAAAUUGUAUAUCAUAUUGUAUUAAAUGUGUAAUAAAGAGUUGCAAUGUGUAAAAAUGUGU